GUGUGACUUUGCAGUACACGUGUAUCUCAUUUAGGGUUUACUCAGGAUUUCCUUUACAGAGCAGGAAAAAGGCAUCCCGGGUUGGAGGUGGGGGUAGGUGGGCAUGUAUAGUGAAAGCGCGAUACUUCGUGGGAUGUAACAGAUUUUAGAAAAGAAGAUUUGGGUAUCACAGUGGAAGCGUGGUCGAAUCAGAGGCCCCUGAGACCUUUGCUUUAAGGAUCCCUCCCAGUAAUCUGUAUGGAAGGGAAGGAGCUGUCACAUUUCUCUCUGGGAUGUAUAAAACAACAAAAUGCGGAUCAACGUUUAUCUUUUUAUUUUUAUUUUCCACACAGACUGGAAAGAGACCCGUCAUUCUUCUAAGGAUAUGAAUGAAUUCUGGGGUGUGUAUGCCCAGACAAACUUUGGUACACACACACAGACAAUCUCUCAAGAAAUUUUGGAACUUUCCAGUAAGCAGGAGAAAUCACGGCAUUCAGGGUCUCCUGUGCCAGAUUUAGAUCACAAGAGCAAUAUUCAUCUCACCCUGGGGGUGGAAGGUCAAGGGUUGGGGUAUGGCACCACCGUCACUACAUUCCAGAGCACAACCCCGGCCCCCUCCCUCUGGACUGGUUCCAGUAUGUCUGCAGUACCUGAUAAGGAAACUGCCGUCCUCGCUCAGGAAGUGUCACACAAUCACCCGGACGCGUCUGGUACCGCUCCUGGCGUUUUGUACAUUAGCACCAGCUCUCUGGGCCGCUCCAUGCCUGAGAGCAGCGGGCAGAGGCAGAUCUCUGUAGUACCGGGCCAAACGGUCUCAGAACAUCUGGUUGCUGAUGUCAAGUCAGAGGUGUCACUGCUCCUGAAGUCCUCCACGCCUUCCCCCACUCUCAGUUCUGUCAGUGUACCAUUCACACAGAGCCUGGGCAGCCAUCUGCAGACGGCAGACUCUAGGCAUGCAGGAGCUCCUCUCCUUUCCACUGCAGGGCUGCUAGAGGCCUCCUCCUCCAGAAUGCUUUCAGCCAUCACUGCGACUUCUCCUGGUUCGCUACCGGAUGCCCUGAGCCAGCAGAGUGACAGCUAUGACACUCCCACAGACCUCCCAGGGGGAAAAUGUCAUGUUGAUAUGAGCAUCAUCCCUUCCAGCAUCACGUCCUUCCGCUCUGAAGAUGGACCGGUUGAGUUUGACACCCAAAGCGUGUCACCCACUUCAGGCAUACUGCCAACUGCCUCAGAUGCAUUCGCCGAACAUUCACUCAUCACUGUACCUGCAGGGCUCUCCCAGGAACCUUCAGGAGAACCAGCCACAGGACCAGGUGCCCUUUUGGGAAGGGAUUCGAGAAAUGUCACCCACAAAGGGUCACCUUUGGGCUCAGUGCUUGAGGACACUACUAACAUGGGAUUAGGACUAAGUCACAUGACUGCUGUGGGUGCCACUGGGGAAAUUGAAUUAAACACUAUAGAUGAGGCCUCUCAUCCAGAUGUUCCUUUGUUCUCUAGUACUGAGAGGUUGAAUGCAGAAAAUGUUACCUCAGAGAGAAUUGGAGAUACCAUGCAAAGCAGACAUCCUGACAGUCAAUUUACAACCACUAAUACUUAUGUAGGACUAGAUGAUCAAGGAGCACAUGACAUUACAGACUCCAACACAUUUCACUUUCAGCAAGAGUCAACCGAUGUAAGUAAUGCUGACUUGCAUCCAUCUGAUCCCCAUACGAAUCCACAACAGAGUUCUGCACAGUCACACUCCACAGCAUCUCAUAGAGGAACACAGCCAAAUGGUAAUUCCUCCAUUUACAGCACCGUAAGUGGUCUGGAGGAGCUGACCACCAUGGUUUCCAUGUCUCCUGUAUUGACCCAAAGAACUAGUGUAUCUCAAAACCUAGAUGGAAGGACUUUUACCAGCAGUAAAGGGGAUUCUGAGAAUGAAAAUACCAGCCCCGAACAUACUACUCGAGAAUACUCUCAGAGAGUAACACCAGUACACACCCUCACAGUCAGCUCUACCGAGUCUGAAAAGAUCCCACUGAGUAGGAGAGAUGGGACCUCCACCUCAGUAGAUCCUCCUACUUCUUCCACUUUGAAGGUGAGCAGCCCCAACUUCCUGUCACCAGGCAGCUUGCCGGUGAAUCCUAUGGCACCGGAAAGACUGUCCCCUUCGGUGCAAAGUGGAGUGACACCAUACUGCCACAACUGUGUGACCAACCCACUGGUGACCACCAAUUCCACAGUCAGCACGAGUGAACGUGCAAUCAGGCAUGGCCCUGUGAAGAGCACAGCAGCCCCACCUUCUACAUCCCCUCCCAAGACGGCGCCAGAGGCCCUGGGGAACCCCCUGGCCACUGAGGGGGCUGUGGCCAUGGGCCCAUCCUCCGUGCACACCACUGUAAGCAGGCCUGGGACAACCCUUCAAUCUUCAGCUCAAACGGUCAAACAGAGAAUUUUCAUUGUUGAGGACCAGCCAGCCAUCAUCAAAGAGGAAACAGCACAGCUCCUCCUGCAGGUCGUACUGGCAUCUGGGCCGUUGGGGGAUGAAGAGGAUCAUCAUCUGAGAGACUUGGAGGAGGACACAGUCACAGAGUUACAUCCAUUCUUACAGAGGGCUCCUGGCUUUCAGGCCCUGCAGCUGUCAUGGACAAGCACCUCAGCUGUCGUGCAGAGCGUGGCCACGUUCGACACCAGGAGAGCCCUGCCGUGGCUGGGGGUGGCUGGGGCACCCCUCCUGCAGGUGACGGGGCUAAGUGAUGCCAUGAUGAAGGGGCUGUAUGUGAACAGCGCGAGAGUGCAGAAGAUCACCGUGGGAGGACUGCAGUCUGAUCCUUGCUCCUGGCUCUUCCUAUGCCCCCCCGGCUUCCGAUGUGUGCCAGCCCACUCGGGCAAUGCCAGCUGCACCUCGCUGUGCCACGCGGGCUAUUGCAAGAAUGAUGGCAUAUGCAGCCACCACCAUGGCGAGGCGCCUACGUGCCAGUGCCCCGUUGGUGAGGACUUCUGGUUCAUGGGCAGGCAGUGUGACUCGCAGAUGACACGGCAGAGGCUGGUGGGCGUGUGCAUUGGCGUGCUUAUUGCUGUGGCCCUGCUGAUGGCCGCCGUGUCCUUUCUGGUCAUACGGCACUUCAAGGCCAUGCUGGUCCAGGCCAAGGUGGAUCAGACACGCAGCAGUUACAGACGUUUCAAUCACUUUGAUGAACUGUCGGGCAGGUUUUGGCUACGGUCUUGGCCCGGAUCUGCGGAUUCCCUCGACAACCCUGUUUUCAGUCACUCCGAUGAACUUCUCCACCUCCGUGCAUUGGACCAGACCUGCUGUUACCAUGACGACACUCUGUCCAUCGUGUCCACCUUCCCCGGAAGCGAAGCACAACUCAACACCAUCUACGCACAUGGUUCGCAGUAUAACUGGGAUGUUAGUGGCAGCAGCAUCAACGAUUUCAUGGCCGACUCCGGCAAGGCGAGCGACAUCUCUGUGUGCAGCUGGCCCGUUGAGCCCAUCCAGUGGACGCCGUUUCCGUUGCUGCAGCAGCUGGGGAUCCAGCGGCCGACUAAGACAUCCCGGCCUCGCUCCUACUGCGAGGGAAUGGAGCUGGUGGACAUGGAGAAAACCUGGACUGAGCACCACCACAGCUAAGAAACCAGAGUACAGAAUAAACUGAACGACAGCCAUCAACAUGGAGCCGGCGAUCCAAAAACCUCCAGCAUCGCUCCCAUCUGAUCAGGAACUACAUGCAACCCAGUUACAGCCCGUCUGAUCUAUUUUUUAUUUUUAUAUAUUAUAUAUAUAUAAAAAUAAAAAAAAAUACAUACACACACACACCAAGUGCAAAUCCAAGGGUUUUCAUUUCAGCAUUUUGUUUUAUAUAUAUAUAUAUAUUCUAAGAAUAAACCUGGUUUAUAUGUUCCACUUAACAUUUGCUAAAAGUAAGAAACAAGUUCUGGAGCUGGAGAAUCUUUUGAUCGAUUCAUAUUUGGUAGAGCGUGUUCUUUAUGGUUCUAUACUGGCAUGCCACUGUUCAGGGUAAUACUCAAGGUUCUGUAAAAUGCUUUUCAAAUAUGGAUAAAGGAAAAAAAAUAUAUAUAUAAAUUAAGGUCCGUGGCACAGCCUAAUGCUGAAGUCUUUGAAGCUUUUUUUUUUUUUUUUAAAUUGUGCAUCAUUGUAGAAACUAAACAAUCAAUAUGGUUUGUAUAUAUACACACAUAUGCACAUUGUUUCUGCACAUUUGCAAACUACCAGAAAGAUUACAUUCACCACUCUUCUAGCCUUCCAGAGCCCCAAUUAGAGGCUCUGCGUUUUAAAAGACAAACCGACGACGACGAAACAACCUCAACAACGUCAACAACAAACAUGUACUGAGCAGCCAAAAAUAUGUCAGGAUUUAUUACUGUGGAGGAACUUCAGAUGUGAAUAACCAAACUGUACACGUUACAAUCACAAUCUGUAAACAGGUAAAAGCCACUUGACGUGUUGCAUCUUCAGACAAUUUGAAUCAAGGCAAUGAAAUGUGGGUGACUUUUGCACUGUUAAAAUGUCAACCUUGAUGAACAAACAAGAUUUAUUUUUUUGUUUAAA